GUUCAACGAGACAUAACCAGGAAAGUCUAUAAAACAGCUGGAGCAUUGUUACAGUUUUAUACGUAACAUUUGUUUCAUUUCCAUCGGUUGUGUCCAAGUGUUCCUGAAAUGCAAAAGAUAUCCUUAUAGUGUGUGACAAAAUAACAAAACCAAAAAUGUCUGGAUUAUUCAAAAUUGUGUUCCUUUUAAUCGCUUUAAAUGUAAUCGAAGUUAUACCUAUUCAAUUGAAUUUGCAAGAAGGGGAAGAAAUUAAAGAAAACAAUGUAGAAGAUUCUCAGUUAAAUGAAUGUUUAAGUGUGCAAAGAGGAGCAGAAGUUGGAGUUUGUUUUGGAAAAGAACUGCUACAGAAACUCAGUAAAUUCAAUGAAGCUGACACCUUCAGUUUGGCUACAGGAGUAUCGUUUGUCAGAGAUGAAAAGACACCGAGAGAUAUAGGAAGCUUUCUUGAUAAGGAUCCAAUGGAUUUUCGUUCCAUGAUGGAGGACGCCAGUAACCUGAUCUCCAAGAGGUCGUUGUACUGGGACCUGAGUUCGUUGUACCCGGGAUUGGCCAUGAGGGUUGGACCAACCUUGGCCAAUGGUGUAUUGGAAUUCGUCAUGGAUCCGAGGAUCAAAGAUCGGACGUAUCAUCAACAGCCGCAUGAGAUGACUACGGGGCGCCUUCUAGCGAGAAACCUGCUAGUUCCCUUCCUCCUUGGCUUUAAAUUUCAAUUGUCAACUCUACUGCCAUUAUUAUUAGGACUACUUUUGAUAGCCAGCAAGAAAGCCUUUUUACUAGCAAAAUUGGCGUUACUUGCUGUGACUGUAUUCAGUGGAGGAUCUAGUUUUGGGAACUAUGGAUCUUAUGGAGGAUUUGGACCACAGCUCUCUUCUUAUACGAGUUAUGAUCAUCAUCCUUAUCACGAUCACCAUGAUCACCAUUCGGGAGGCCUAUCAGGAUACUACUCAUCCAGGCGACCACAUCACUCAGAGUACUACUACAGAGAAAAGUCAGCAGCAGAGCAAUCCACGGCCACUCCUAUUACCCCUGAUGAGUUACGAGACCGAUUGGAAAGGCUUUUUGUAACUAAGAAGGAAAUAGAAGAACCCAUUGACGAAGGAAAAAUCAGGAAUGCUCGGAAUUUCGCUUGGACACCUAUAAACGCAGGCUAAAAUGUAUCUUAAAUAAUAGGUUUUAGAAGGAAGUAGUAAUUUUUUGUGAUUUAAAUUGUGAUCGGUUUGUGUGUAUAAAUUAUUGUAUUAACAUUAUA